AUGCUGCACGGUGUGCAGGAUUUGCAUGUGCGAGUGCUGAGCAUUGUGCUGGUAGCCGGCACUGCCGAGGCCCAGGGAGUCGGAGCUCUGUUGCCUCCGCGGGAUGUGAGGCUGGAGGCACAGAACUUCCACGUGCGCCUGAGGUGGGAGCUGGACCCCAGGGCUGUGUUCCAGGUCAUGUUCCAGGUGGAGUGGAGGAGGAGAACCUCCCAAUGGACCGAUGCAGGUACCUGCUGGGGGAACGGCACCGGCCCCUCCUGGGUGUGUGAGCUGUAUUUUGACAAGAUCCAUGACAUCUACUGGGCACGGGUGAGAGCAGUAGCUGAAGGCGAACAUUCAGAGUGGGCCUACUCCCGUGAGCUGCAGCUCUACAGAGACACCAUUGUGGGACCCCCCAGGUUGUCCUGGCUGCUCCAGGGUGACAUCCUCAGUGUCAAUAUCAUCAUGCCGCUCACUCCCUAUCGAAGGAAAACAGGCUCCCAGAAGCCAGUUGACCGAGUGCUGCUGAAGCUGUGGUAUUGGCUGCACCUGUAUGAAGGGGACAUGCUGGUCCAACAGGUGCCCUGUAGACGGAGCGGGGAGGAAGCUCCAUGCAUCUUCAGAGACCUGAAGCCCAGCACUCAGUACUGCAUCCGAACAGUGGCCGUGGACAUGCCCCGGGAGCGGAGCCGUGAGGCUGAGCAGUGCAUGAUGACUGCCACAGGCACUGCAGGCUUUUCCUGGGUCCUUCUUGUUGUCCUGAGUGGCAUCUUCCUGCUGCUGACUGUGUCCGGCCUCUGCUUCCUCCUGUGGCAUCUCUUCUGCAGCCCCUUGGAGACACACCUCCCGAAAACACUUGGUCUCCUGAAUGGGGAGCUGAGCGUGACCAUUAGGAUGCCCACCCUUGAGCUCCAGCAGGACUCCGUCGCCCUGCUCCUGCUGCCCAUUCCCUGCUCCCAUGGGCCGCCUGCAGCCGAGCAGACACCCACAGCCCAGGAGCUCCUCACGGAAAGCCUUUCCCAGAACACAAGUGGCUAUUGUGCCAAUGGGUUUGGGCCGGACCGCUGGGAGGGAAGGAACCCAUCCUGUGUCUUGCAUCCUGCGCUGGGACAGGUCUUGGGCUGCCAGGUCUCUCUGCCGCUGGAGGAUGGGGAGACGCGUAGUGGUGAUGAUGUGCUGGAACAGCCGGUGCCAGUGGGACUGGCGGGAGACGGCUACACACGUGACAGGGAAUACCAGACAUCCAAGACAUGGCUCUCCCUGCACCUCCAGCUCUAUUCUAAAUGCCAGUGCCCAGCCCCUGAAGCAGGCAGCUGCCUUCCCCUGCCCACACCAGGCAGGAGCCUCAGCCAGGAGGACGAGUGGGAGAGGCUUGGCCUGGCAGGCCGCUGGGUGCCGCUCAGCUCCGUGAAGCUGCCGGCCAGCGAGGAGGAGGAGGAUGAGGAUGGAGAGCAGUUCGCCUCCACCCGCCAGCCCCUGCGUGUCUGUGGGGCUGCUCCGCAGGCAGGUGACGGCAGCGGGCAGGAGGGUGCCCCGGAGCAGGCAGCGCCGGGUGCGCCCAGCCUCUGCCUGCCGCGAGCCGCUGCCUGCGGCUACGAGCCGCGUCCCCCGGCUGCCCGGGAGCCGUAGCAGCUGUGUCCUUGGUCACGGCAUUUGUAGACCUCGAGGUGGCUCCAGGAGCUGCUACAGUCACGAUGGUGCGAGCUCAGACCUGCCCGUGCCCGUGGGGCCAGAGCCGCGGCAGCUCCCGGGGCAGGCGCAGGCUGCCAUGAGCUGGUGACAUCGGGAUCUUCAGAGCUCCCCUCUGUGGUUUUGGUGCUCCUGAACCAAAGCGUAAGGAAUACAUCCCAAAGCUGAAGCUCGAGACUUUUAUCUAUUUGUCCAUCUACAUGUGUGUAUGUGUGUGUAUGGUAUAUAUACUAGUGCAGAUUUAUGUAUUUACUCACAUAGAAACCUCUACUGAAAGAGUAGGUCUUUUAUUUUCUUGUCUGAAAAUCCUGACGGUGCACUGGAGCUGACUUUUAAAUGACACUAACUUGUUAUGGAAAACUGGCUCCUCUCCUUGUUCUUUGUGUGUUACAGAACCACCACUGCCCUGCCUGAGAAGCAUCUGGGAGAGGCACCAGGAGUAUUUUGGGGUUUCCCUGGGAGAAAACUGCACCUGCAGCUAGUCUGUAUGCGGCUGUUGUGUGGGAAAAGGCUGGAUCUCCAGCUAUAAACUGCUGGGCUGGUUUCUGAUCCCGCCUGCCAGCACUGGGACAGGUUUCUCCUGAGAAGCCCUGUCCUGCAGUUGUCUCGGGGUGAGUUGGAAGCUGUGCCUGUGGCAAGGGAAUCCCUCUGCCAAGUGCCAGGCAG